AACGGCAGGGCUUGAAUAGCAGUGUCAAAUCCCUCAGCACACAGACACACGCUCACUCUCCCUAAAGGAGGGAGCGAGGCACAGACACAGAGAGGGGAUUGAGAGGAGCAGCAGAGGAGGAUAUCUCUCUCCGCUGCUCUACACUGCUGCGGCGCCUGGCUUUCACUAGAAAGGUCCGUGACCGUGUUUUUCCUGCGCUUGUUUGCCUAAUUUAUUCCUGCCGGGGCCAACAGAAAGACUGAAAGAAAGGAAGAGAAGGGGGGGGAAAAAAAGGACAGGCAGGAGAGUAAAGAGUGCAACAGUACACCCUGACUUGCUGACAGGGAAUGCAGAGAGGUUCUGGCCUCUGGUUGUUACUGCUGGAUGGACAAGCACUGACAAAACAAGAGAAGGAAGAGAGAGGCAACACUUUGUGAGAGAGGGGGAGAUUUUUCAACUCCGCUUUUGUUUUGGCUUGUUGGUUGUUUUUUUUCUCUCUCUCUCUCUCUGUUUGUUUCUUCUGUGACAUUUGAGCCUCUGACACGACAAGCCGUGAAGAGUUGGAGGAGCCACAAGAACACAUCAUCCCUCCACAGACACAGAAGAGGAGGACUUGUCUCGUGAGAGAAAGGAGAAGUGUCUUUCUCAACACCGCUUUUUGUCUUCACUGUCAAGUGUGGGAUACGUUUCAGCUGGCUCUUUUCGGCUGCGGUCGUCUCCUUGCAGAAUACCAAAGGAAGAAACUAAAUCCAAAGUUCCAAAACUACCCAUGAGUGGCGCUUCUUUUUUUUUCUUCUCAGUUUUCCUCCUCAUCACUAUCACCUCUGCCUCGGUAACAGGCCUGACAAGUCGAGAGUGAGUCUGGACUCGAACUGCCUCAGAUCAGCAGAUAACACCUCCACGCAGCAGGAACUGGUUGGACGAGUUUAUAAGUUGGAGCAGAGGGCAGGGCACUUUAACCCUGCUGGAAGGGGAGCUGUGUGCUGCUUUCCUCCCACUUGCUCGUUCUUUUGGGAGAAAGUCGCGCUGCUGAGAGAAGGGCAGAGCGUCUUCUACAUUCGUCCCCCGUCACCACGCUGAGGGGAUAGGUGAGGUGCGAUUUUUAUACUUCUUCUCCCGGGGGUGUAGGGGAGAGAGAGAAAGUGAGAGGGAGGGAGAGAGAGAGAGAAGGAGUCAAAGUGUAAUUUAUUGUUUCCUGUGAAAAGAGCAAGGCGGCACCCUUUUUCUCCUGCCUGAACUCUGAGCCACUCAGCGAGCGUCUGAAGUUUUUCUCAGACCUCUGGAGCCAUUGAUCAGAGGUCAGGGCAGCGAGCACAAGGGGUGAAAGACAAGAGCGAAGAGAUUAAAGGAGAGAGAGAGAAAACAGCACCAGGAAGGACCUCUAGGUCAUAACAACCAGACGGCAAAGGGGAGAAAGGUCAGCACAAGGGAGUCGGCUUUUUAUCUCACUCAUCGGACAAAACCUGCCUUUCAUACAAACCUGGAUCCGCUCUUUUCUUCCUCUGGAAUCAGUUUUUAAACUUUAAGGCUAGCUGGACGUUGGGGGACCGGGCGGGUCUGUGUAUGAGCCACUCACAGGACUGCGCGUCUCAGAGAAUAUGGCCAUGGUGAGCGGGGGUUGGGGCAACCCCAACGGGGACACUAAUGGACUGGGGGAGAAGGCUUACCUGAGGAGGGAGGAAGAGGACGUCUCGCCUCAGGCCGGGAGCAGCGACGUGGACGUCGGGGACGAGGACAAGGCCUGCGUGGUGGACUGCGUGGUGUGCGGGGACAAGUCCAGCGGGAAGCACUACGGCGUGUUCACCUGCGAGGGCUGCAAGAGCUUCUUCAAGAGGAGCAUCAGACGAAACCUCAACUACUCCUGCAGAUCAAAUCGAGAAUGCCAAAUUGAUCAGCAUCACCGCAACCAGUGCCAGUACUGUCGUCUGAAGAAAUGUUUCCGUGUUGGAAUGCGCAAAGAAGCCGUCCAGCGGGGCCGAAUCCCUCCAUCUCACCCUGGUAUCAGUCCAAACUCAAUGGCGGGUGGGGUUGGAGGGGCGGUGCCAGGUCACAUCGGGGCGGACUAUUUCAACGGCCAGCCGGUGUCAGAGCUCAUCUCCCAGCUCCUCCGGGCUGAGCCGUACCCCAACAGCCGCUACGGGGCCCCGUACAGUCAGGCACAGAUGCAGACGUCUGCCAGCGGAGGCUCCGUCAUGGGCAUCGACAGCAUCUGUGAGCUGGCUGCUCGCCUCCUCUUCAGCACUAUCGAGUGGGCCAGAAACAUCCCAUACUUCCCAGAACUGCCUGUCUCAGAGCAGGUGGCGCUGCUGAGGCUGAGCUGGAGCGAGCUCUUCAUCCUGAAUGCAGCUCAGUCUGCUCUGCCCAUACACAUGGCUCCUCUGCUGGCAGCUGCUGGGUUUCACUCGUCGCCAAUGUCCGCUGAGCGCGUGGUGUCCUUCAUGGACCAGGUCAGGGUUUUCCAGGACCAGGUGGACAAGCUGAACAGGCUGCAGGUGGACACGGCCGAGUACAGCUGCCUCAAAGCCAUCGCACUCUUCUCACCAGAUGCAUGUGGUCUAACUGACCCGGCCCACGUGGAAUCCCUGCAGGAGAAGGCCCAGGUGGCCCUGACAGAGUACGAGAGGUUGCAGUAUCCCAACCAGCCUCAACGCUUUGGCCGUUUGCUGCUGCGCCUCCCGGCCCUGCGCGCCGUGCCGGCCAACCUCAUCUCCCAGCUCUUCUUCAUGCGCCUGGUGGGCAAGACACCGAUCGAGACGCUGAUCCGAGACAUGCAGCUCUCAGGAAGCUCCAUCAGCUGGCCCUACGCACCGGGACAGUGAACCCGCUGACUCCAGGGUGAGACGGGCCGAGAUCAGACUGGGAGGACUCAGAGCUCAGGGAGAUUAUAUAAAAGUACAAACUGAAUGUUAUGAAUACAAACCGGGAUCUCGCAAGUGUAGUGUCCUUGUUUGUGGACGUAGAUUUUUUUCCCACCUCAGCUCAGCAAAGUCCGGAGGAAGUCACACCAAAGCUGCUUUCAGGGAAACAAAAAUGUGUCACUGUCUUUAGACGUGUGUUUGCAGCACUUGUCAGUUUUGCUCUGACCUCCUUCUGAUCUCUCUCCGUCUCAUUCUGGACAGAAAAACAACAGGGCUUUAGUUGAAUUUGCAGACUCUAAUAUGAGGCCACGUGCCUGUACUACCUCCUCCCACAUCACCCCUAUUGUGACUCAGUUUGAACCCAGUCGCUGUGUGUUUUCCCCAUAAAUGAAGCCAUAUCAGUGCCGCUCUCACAGGCCGACGGUGGCAGCUUCAGAGCUUUAAUUGUCACAGGUAGGAAACAUUGUGCAGAAUCUACCUUAAGUUGUGUCAUAUUUGAUAUGUGCGACAAAAUAUCAAACCCUGUUACCAAAUAUAUCUGUGACGACUGUCACCUUGUACAGCAUUAAAACAAAGACGAGACGUGGGCAUUGUAUUGUAUAGUGUACUAUAUGAAGCACUGCGUACACAAACGCACACAUUUUGUAUGUUAUGAGAAAUUGUUCAACACUUUGGGGAUGAGUUUUAUUUGCUUACCUGCAGAGUGAGACAAGAAAACUGAACUCCGUUACACAUCUGUACAAGCAUGUUAUAGGGGCACGCCAAUAUCAUGAUAUUGCGAUAUCAUGAUAACCUUCAUGUUAAAAAUUGAAAUAUUGAUAUUGUGUCGAUAAUACACAUAUGAUUGUAUCAUGUGAAUUAUCCAGGAAAAUUGGACCCUGUGCAUCUGAGUUCAUCUGGUUGCCUUUUAACCAGUAAUUGGGUGUAAUUUUUCCUUUUUUUUUUACAGUUCUGGUUACAGACCUCCUUCACCUCCCAACACUCUCAUUUUAGCAGGUCAUACAUUUGCCAAAAAAGAGCCAAAACGCACAGCAUGUUAUAGAUAUCGGGGUAAUGUCAUUAUAGUAAAUGAUCACCCACGAUAAUCAAGACGUUGACAUGACAAAAUAGUAAGCUGGUGUUUUUUGUUGCUGUUUUGUUACCUGGAGCCUGGCUAGCUGUUUCCAGUUGCCAUGCAAUGCUACGCUAAGAGGAACCUCACAACCUUCCCCACAGCGCUCAUAGGCGACAUCUUGUAGCUGUUGGCUCAGUGACUAGGAGUUACAUUGGAAUGAAAAGACAAAAUCGCAAAUGCUCUCCACACAAUGUCUUUCCAACGUAACUUGCACUGACCUCUGCAAGACAUGUGCUAAAGCGGUGCAUAUUCACUGUUCUAUGUUCUAGGGUGAUUUGGUCCCAGAUUAAUAUUGCAGGAUUUUUAGGCUAUAUGGGAUACACAAUAUAAACCUCUAUAUUUUGAAAUCUCCUCAAAAGCACUUCAUAAAAAUUACAAAAAUCAAAUAUCACAGUGUUUUCAAUCAGAUAUCCAGAUAUCGAUAUCUAAAGAAUACUGCGGGGUGACUAUUGAUACAAAAAUAAAACGAAGAAAUUUUGAUCAAUAAUCAUCAGUAAUGUGGAUAUAAUGACUAAGUGUGAUAACAAUGCGAUAUCCAAAAUCUAAGACCAAUUAUAGGCUAGUCUUAUAGCACUCCAACAGUACAAUAUCAAUAUAAUAUCCAGCUCCCCUCCGUACACAAGGAAGUGGAUAACUAUUUCCCAAAUGCUUGUGCAACUCUUCAGUAUAGUACAUUAUACAAUAAUGUUCUUGCAGCAGAAGGUGGAGGUGAAAGUGCUCAAACACACCCUGGCUCCUCAGACAGUCACAUCCCUGUCCAACAUUAUUACCUCAUGUUUUAUACAUCCAAGACAAAGAUUGUGUGUUCAUGUGCUAAAGAUAAAUAUAAAGGGAUCAACGCAACACAGAAACCAUAAACAGUAACAAUAUUUCCCCUUUUUGGCCUGUGUUGUCCACCUGACUUUGGCCAAAAAAGAUUUGAGAAUGUUUUGAAAGUUAAUGUUUGAAAGUCUGAGCUGAGAUUGUUUUCCUCCGCUUUGUUCAUUCUGAUGAUUUUUUUUUUUCUCAUGGCUCCCCUUUGAGAGAUGUGUGUUAGCGUGGCGUUAACAGACAGAGGUCACUUUCAGAUGAUUAUGCUUAUGUAAGGUACUGCUGUAAACGUUACGGUGAUUGUUGGUACUGAGAUAAAGGGUACUAAGAAGUCGCAUUCACGACUGUGUUAUCACCAUUAACUGUGGCUGAAUGUGACAAAUGUUUUUUCUUGCCAAACUGACUGACUGAAACAAAUGACAAUGUGGGAUAAACGUCUGUUUGCGGUCCAAGUUUUUUUUUUAAUUAAAAGAAGAAAAAAAAGCAAAGCUGGCCAUGACAUGGCCGAUGAUGUCGAACACCGUCAUCAACAGCUCGUCGCGCUGUCCUUGAAUCACUUUUUGUUAUAUGUUGGUAUAUAAACUGUGCUGGUUUGACUGUGUAGCUUUAUGUUAAAAAAGAAGCAUGUUUCUAUGAUCAUGCCAAACUUAAAAAAAAAUGCAGAAGAAGUUCGUAUGGCUGACUGUUUUUUUUUUUUUUUUUUGCAUUACUAGAAAAUAAAAGUAUGCACAUUC